AUGUGUGGAAAAACAUCUUUUAUCAAUUUUGCUACAGAACAAAGAGAGAGUCUGACGGAUCAUUAUGUGCCAACCAUUCCAGUACGCAUAAUUGAAUAUGAUUCACCAUUAACAAUUAAAGGAAAAACAGUGAGUUCUACAAUCGAAAUUUGGGAUUGUAGUGGAGAUAUGAAAUUCGAAAAUACUUGGCCGGCAUUAAGUCACAAAUUAAAUGGUACCGUAUUUGUAUUCGAUGAAGAUGAGGAAGAACACAGCAAAGAACUAAAUCUAUGGUAUAGCAAUUUUGUAGAAAAGCCAAACGUACCUGAAAGAUGUUGUCUUAUCGUUGCAUCAAAUAAAACACAAAAUCAUCGCGAUGCUAAAUUGUCCUCAUUGUUCAAUGAUAUACCUCGUGUAUCAUUUAACGGUCAAUCGGAAGAAAUUGAACCAUUAAAAAAUACAUUUGCAGAUUAUUUAAAAAAAGUUGUUACUGAAACAUCAAGAGGUCAAGAUGACGAAAAAUACAUGUAA